AGACAAACUCCUCAAAUGCAGGCUAAGCGUGUAAUACAACAAGUUCCUCUGCAAUCAAGUAUUCCAUCUCUGGUCCCAACACCAUCUUACCAACCACAAUCAAUACCUACUCCUCAACAACAACCUCAACCUAUGCCUCCACAAGGAGUUACUAAUAGACAAACUUCACUUACCCCGCAAUCACACCUUCAUCAACAACAGCAGAUGCCACAAAGAGCCGGACCGCAACAACAGGGUCACCCAUCUAUAUCAGCACCAGUUCUGGUCCCUACUGCUACUCCUCUAAGUGCUGGCCCACUGGCUGUUACAUCGUCGGCUCCAGGUGGUGUAGCAACUCCAGUAGUUCCAAAUUCAGCCCCAGCACCAACGAUGGGACCUUCCGGUCCAACUCAACCAACUACAGUGCCACCUUCUUCAGAAUCAAAAGGACAGCAAACACCUCUGAAGGCGCGAUCAAAAUCAGUGACAUCUCCAGGCGGAUCCAGUACCUCCAGUGGGUCAGGUGGGUUGUUUAGUCUUCAAGGUAUAAUAAAACCUGCGGUACCAUCGAUACCUAUCUCGGGUUCCGUUGAUGUUAAACCACCCACUAUAGUCACUUUCAAUUCUAAUGCAGACACUAGGCCGACAUUGACUGGUGGUGCUGCUAACACCUUAAGUAUUCUUUUGGAUUCACCUGCAAUAAUGAAGUUGCCCACAUUUGAACUUGCCGAUGGAAGUGCAAGUGCCAUGGAAAAGGGAAGUGGUCGAGUAUUGAAGAAACGUAAGUUGACUGAUUUAGUAAGCACCAUGGGAGUAGAUGAAGGUGAUGGGAAAACGAAUAUUGAUGGUAAUGUUGAAGAACUAUUGUUAGAUCUUGCUGAUGAGUUCAUUCAUUCUGUUACUAGUUUUGCAUGUAGAUUGGCCAAGCAUAGAAAAGUUGAUAGUAUCGAUGCCAAAGAUGUUCAAUUGCAUUUAGAACGUAAUUGGAAUAUCAAGAUUCCUGGAUAUGCUACUGAUGAAAUUAGAAGUACAAGAAGAUUACAACCUAGUACAAGUUACAACCAAAAGGUUCAAGGGGUAGAAAUAUCGAAAGCAGUUAGUGAUGAUAUGACUAAUUUAUAAACUCGUUAUAUAUUGAUAUUAUAUAUACACAUUAUAUCGUGAUUACUAUUUUUCCUGUUCAUUCUUUUCUUUGCUUAACUUCCGUAUUUUUUUGGCCCAGGAUUUAUGUUCCUUAUCAUAAACACCUUCAGAAACUCCCUGUAAGAAUCCAUUCUUGUCUUCCAAUAAUUGCCAAGGUGAUCCCCUACUCUUAUCAUCUUUAAUUAAACAUAAAUCUAUGAAUUGACAUAAUUUCCCAUCAUAUUUAGUUUUGGUUACAGGAUUAAUCUUGUUUGACAAUGUCGGAGCAGGUUCAUUGACGAUUCUUUGUAAUAAAUCCAAGAUACCUUCAGGUCCUCGAGUUUCAAAGUUUCCAUUUUCCUCCCCUUCUUUGUCCUCGUCAUCAUCAUCAUCUGUCCAUAUUGGUAUUCCACUGGCUAAUUCUAUCAACAUUAGACCCAUGGACCAUACAUCAGAUUUGAUGCCAUAAUUCAAUCCUUGUAUUCUCUCGGGAGACAUAUAUGUUGAUGUACCAACAAAUGUGUCGGCCAUAGCCAUGGAGUUUGUCAAUUCUCGAGAUACACCAAAAUCACAUAGUUUGAACUCACCCUUGUGUGUCAUUAAAACAUUAUUUGGUUUAAUAUCUCGAUGAAGAAUCUUAUGCGUUGUAUAUAGAUAACUCAACCCUGAAAGAAUAGCAAACGCCAAUUUUUUUAAUACUAUCAAGGGGAACUGUUUGUUUUCACAUAAUGGUAAUAUCUUAUCUAAAGACCCGCAAUUACAAUAUUCCAUACAAAUGACUAUUGUGUUAUUGGUGUUAAGGAAUGCACCGUAAAAAUCAAUAAUAAAUGGUGAGUGACAUUCAUGCAAUAUACGUAAUUCACGAAUUAUCUGUCGUUGAAUUACACUCUUCAGAUC